ACCAUUUAUUUGGAUGCCACUCAUAAUAUUAGUACUUCACUAAAUUUUCGAGUUGUAGAAAAUUGUUGGUUAAAAAUAAAUUUAAAGUUCGCUUUGAUCGGGAUUAGAGUGAUACGAACGGGAUGAGCUACAAGAACCUCCUGCGGCACCAGAACGUGGUGGACGACUGCCAGCGGGUGAGCUGCAAUCGCGGCUCGGUGCCAAAUGUCUCCGGACGCUGUGUGAUCAGUCGGAACAUUGUGCUCGGCUGCCGGAUGGAGGCCUGCGACCCGGACCUGCCCUACAUGCUGGAGCCCACGUGGAGUGUCUACCUGCGGGCGGGCCGAGAAAGCCGCGAUCAUCAGGACGGCCACUCUGUGCACGAUGGUGACCUCUCCCGGUUCGUCCGACAGGUCACCUUCAAGAUGUCCCCCCGUCUGCCGCUGCGACUCCACGUGGCGGACAGCGCACCGUUCGAGAUCAACGAGGUGCUGGGCAGCGACUUUCCCGUGGAGGUGCAGGUACAGUAUGUGGACGCUCAGAUGUCGGCCACCUCGUAUGUCUUCCGACCCCGGGUCGUGCGCGAGGGUCACUCCGGGGUCAGCGAGGAGAUGUGCGAAAAGAUGAUCUUCGUGAAUCCCACACCCGCCAUGAGAUUGAGUCUCCAGCCCGUUCAAGUGCCCAGUGGUGCAGUUGAUUUGCCCAGGGCAAGGCGAUCCACCGAGUCGGAGCUGGAGCUCCACGAUCCAGAGAGAGAGGGGAGGGGUGACCGGAAGCAAGGAAAACAGGAGCAGAAGCCACCUUCGCCGACGACGACGAUCGUCAAAAAGCAGAAGCGCCUAAAUGUGGGCGGACCCUAUACCAUAAGCCCCCAGUAAGAUGGUUGUCCAAAGCACCCCGAAGAACGCGGCAGCCCCUUCCAUCGCCAAGUUUGGGUCCGCCCCUUUUGUGUGUAUGCCUCGUUUGGGGGUGGUUCGCUGCGUAGCAUCCUUGGCCCCGCC